AGCUAGUGAUCAUCAUGUCCAACAUCGAGGAGGUGCUGGGCGAGCUGCAGCGCUUCGCCUGGCCGGAUUAUGUGGCCUUCGUUUCGAUGUUCCUGCUCUGCAUCGGUAUCGGCAUAUACUUUGGAUUCAUGAACAAGUCCGUGUCCGAGGACGAUUAUAUGCUGGGCGGGCGAAAGAUGUUGGUCAUACCCAUCGCCUUCUCAUUGGUGGCCAGCUUUGUGUCCGGCAUCACGCUGCUCGGCCUCCCCACGGAGGUCUACUCCUAUGGCAUCCAGUAUCUCUACGUAUCCUGCGGCGUCAUCGGCAUGGGCGUGGCUAUGGGUGUUUUCUACCUACCCGUAUUUCACGACCUAAACAUCACCUCCACAUACGAGUAUCUGGAGGUUCGCUUUGAUCGGAGGUUACGCCUUUACGGAUCCGUGAUGUUUGCCAUUAUGAACGUUGCCUAUCUGCCCAUCGUAAUCUAUGUUCCGGCAUUGGCCUUCAACCAGGUGACGGGAAUCGGAGUACACACGAUCACGCCGAUCGUGUGCAUCAUCUGCGUCUUCUACACGAGUCUGGGUGGAUUGAAGGCAGUGGUCUGGACGGACGUGGUGCAAGCUAUCUCCAUGCUGGGUGCACUUUGCCUGGUGGCCAUCAAGGGCACCCGCGACAUUGGAGGAGCCGGAGUGGUGCUGGAGCGGGCUUGGAGCAGCGAUCGCCUGGAGGUACCAGACCUCAACAUCGAUCCCACUGUGCGCCACACGUUCUGGUGCCUGUUCUUCGGAGGGAUCGUCUACUGGACGCAAACCAACGCCGUGUCACAAAACAUGAUCCAAAGGUACCUGUCGCUUCCGUCGCUUGGCGAUGCCCGAAAGGCGCUGUGCAUCUUCUGCGUCGGUGUGCUCAUCCUAAUGGCGUUAUGUGGCUACAAUGGCCUGCUGAUAUACGCCACCUACCAGAACUGUGAUCCCCUGACCACCAAGCUGGCAAAGGCCCGAGAUCAGCUCCUGCCGCUCUUUGUGAUGAAGACGCUGGGUGAACUUCCCGGCAUGACGGGACUCUUCAUUGCCGGCGUCUUUAGUGCCGCUCUGAGUUCGCUCUCCACCUGCCUGAACUCCAUGUCUGCCGUGGUGCUGGAGGAUUUCGUCAAGCCGUACGUGAAGAAACCGCUCUCCACCUCCGCGAUCAACUGGAUCAUGCGGCUGGUGGUCGUCGGAGUAGGAGUUCUCUGCGUGUGCCUGGUCUACGUCGUGGAGCACAUGGGCACAGUCCUCCAGCUGACCAUGAGCCUGGAGGCAAUCACGAAUGGGCCACUGUUUGGCAUCUUUACCAUCGGUCUUUUCAUGCCUUGGAUCAAUGGAAAUAGCGCCUUGUUGGGCGGAAUUAUGGGAGUAAUAGCGAUGUCCUGGGUGAGUCUCAAUGCACAGUGGGCCAUCGCCUCGGGAGCAAUUACCUACGACACGAAGCCGCUUAACGUGGAGCAGUGCGACUACAGCUUUAAUGUGACCACCAGUCUGGCCAACACAACUCAUCUGGGAGCAUCUGCAGAGGACAUUUUUCCGCUCUAUCGGAUCUCGUACAUGUGGUACACCACGUUCGGUGCCUCCAUUACGAUUAUCGUGGCGCUGCUGGGCACCUUCGUGUUUGGCAAAAACAAUCCCAACAAGGUGGAUCCCGUGCUGCUCACGCCCUGCAUACGAAAGUUCUUUGCCUUUGGCUCAGAGAAGCACAUGGAUGCCUUCAAGCCCGACAUUCCACUGCAGCACAAACUCCGUAACGACGAGGUGGCCUUAUGAUCAAGCGAACCGAAUCCUAGCUGGACACUUCUGAAUCCAAAGCUGGGUAAAUGUUUCCAUUUUAACCCAAUCGAUUUCGAUCCGUAUUGCAAUGUUAAAAGUUCAAAAUAUAUAACAAAAUUUUUUGAUUUUUUAUAACCAA